GCUGUCAAAAUUGACAGUUGCAAUGGCGAAUUGGCGACACAGUUUUCUUCUUCAUGUUCUUUCCACAGUUGUGUUUAUGUAUGUAUUUUGGUAUAAUUGAAGACUUGUGUUAAAGACUAGCAAGCUUGAGAUUCCUUCCACACAAUUAUGAUUUACAGAAGAACGUAUAAAUUGUAAAAUAUAGUACACCUCUAUAAACAAAUCUUCAAGCUGUUUUUGAAGAAUGGCUGAUGAUAUUUUAUUCGACUUAUUGCAUUCUGAAAUAAUAAACUAUGCUCUGGAGCAAUCGAAGGAUAGCAACGAUAAGAAGGAGGUGGAUUUAUCAGUUGUGGAAUACAUCGGUUUUGCUGCUGGUUAUAAAAUAAUGGAGAGGCUGACUAGAGAAUGGCCUAGAUUUAAAGACGAACUUGAUACCAUGAAAUUCAUUUGUACUGAUUUUUGGACAUGCAUUUAUAAAAAGCAAAUAGACAAUCUGCGUACAAACCACCAGGGUGUUUAUGUUUUGCAAGAUAAUGCAUUUCGGUUUCUAACUAACUUCUCAAAUGGUCAUCAAUACUUGGAAUAUGCUCCCAGGUAUGUGGCCUACACAUGUGGGCUCAUAAGAGGAGGUUUGGCCAAUCUUUGCAUCAACAGUGUGGUCACAGCAGAGGUCCAGUCUAUGCCAUCAUGUAAAUUUCAUAUUCAUGUUCAAAGAUCAUAGUAAAAAAAAUAUUAUUAGAUAAAU